CGCAGUCGAGUCGAGGAUGCCGCCGUGAUCGGACGUCGCGGCGCUCUCCGGCACCCCAUAGGCGCGACUUCGGCACGUGCUCUUCACCCCAGGAUCCGAUUCUCCAUGCCGACGUCACGCGAGGAUACAUGUUCGAGGCUUAAGUGACUCCCGCAAGGAUACAUGUUCGAGCCGAUUCGAUAUGAGUACAGGAGGAAGAGCGUCCUCCGCGAGAAGAUGACAACUCGACGCCGGGUCUUGGCAGGGGUUCGGAGGGCACUAUUGGCAGCCGGCGUGCUGCUCCUGGUGGUCCUCGCGAUCCUGAGCCAGGACGACUCCAGGAGGGCCCAGCAGUCGGCGGUCCUCGAGGAAGACAUGUUGACGCCGGAGGAGAGGAUAAUGGAGCAGAACACAAUGGCGGAAACCGAGCUCCGGCUGGCCGAGAGGAGGCAAUAUCUUGUGCAGAAGUGCUCCGAGGAGGGCCUGGACCGUCCUGGGAACGAUUCCUUGCACCGGCCGAACGCCUGGGAGUUCCUCGCCAAUCGGGAACACCACCUCAUCUGGUGCAACGUCUUCAAGGCCGCCUCGACCUCCUGGCUGUACAACUUUAAUCUUCUCGCAGGGUACAGUCCUCAGUUCUUGAAGGCCUCGAAGCUCGUGCCGGUGUCCCUGGCGAGGCAGAGGUACCCUAGGCCCACGGUGGAGGAGCUCGUCAAGUUCCUCAACGACAGCAUUAGCUUCCUCAUAGUGCGGCACCCCUUCGAGCGGCUGCUCAGCGCCUACCGGGACAAAUUGGAGCAGAGCCUGCCUCACACUUUCCACAGCAAGCUCGGCGCGCACAUCGUCGCCCACUACAGAGCCAAGGAUCCGAAGGCGGGGAUGAAGUACCGACCCAGGUACCCUCUCUUCGAGGAGUUCGUUCGGUGGCUCCUCGGCGAGUGGAGGUCGGGGAACGAGCUGGACAUGCACUGGACUCCCAUCGCCAACUUCUGCACACCUUGUCAAGUGCGAUUUGACGUAAUCGCCAAGUUCGAGACGCUUUACGACGACCAGAAUUAUCUGAUAAAACAGGCUCGGGUGGGGCACAUCAUCAAGCCCGAAUGGAAGAAUCCAACUCGAGGGGUCCAGACGAAGGACAUCAUGAAGAAUUACUUCGCUCGGCUUACGAAGUCCCAGAUUCAAGACCUCUACGACAUGUUCAAGUACGACUUCGUCCUCUUCGACUACUCGCCGGAUGAGUACGUGGCAAUUGGCAAGGACGACGACGCCGCGACACCAAAGACUAGGGAAUAAACCCGGAGAUGAGUCCUCUGCUCCCGACCUCGAUGUUCCCUCGUCCGUAAGGAGAGUUAACUCGUCACUUUUGUAACAAACAAAUAAAUUGUCACAACGAACGUUCAGGAAAGUAGGUGCCCACUCGUGUGGUGUAACGGCCUGGAAGCAAAAUCAAUCCUGCACGAAUCUCUAGGACGUCUUUCAGAGCCCCAGGGUGGAGACGCCAUUUAAUUGUCAAUUUACUUAUACAAUAUAUUGUUCUGUAAUCUGCGUUGUUUCGAUAGCACUUUCGCCUCCCACUUUUACUUGAGAUGACCGUGUGCGUUUCUAAGAGGGCUUCAAUUCCAGGCUGUUUUAAAUUGACAGUAUUGGCACGGACGCUUUAAGCAAUCUGUAAAAUGCAGCGAUAAGUCUGAGCCCAAAGGGUUCGAUGACAUCUUAACCGAAUGGCUCUUCGACUGGAUGUAGUAAAUUGUUAAUCUCUAAUUCUUUGGACUCAUAUUCCUAGCAAUUUUAUAAGACAGGACUUUUCGCAUUCUAGAGAGGAGUUACAUCGUACUCCAAAGCGUUCCAACUUCCUCGCGAAACUUUGUCGAAUGCCUGAAAGCAAGUGGCCUAUUAAGUUUAGGACUUUGUUGAGCUAUCGGCGACUUCUGCUUUUGUCGCGUCGCUUAACAAGGGAUUCCAUCUCGUGUUUUAUCGCACAACUUUUCUCCUAGAUUUAAUGAACCUUCAAAGGGAAUGUUAAGUAAGUGGGGAGUCCAUAGCGAUGAAUAGACGUAUAAUAAAAACAAGAACUGAACAGGAAAAAAGAAUUCAGCUAGGCUGUAGACACGUUACCUUGUCCAUUUUGUCGGCCUUAAUUUUCUUCGGCAGUGCAUCGGUUUUUUAGGUUUAGUGUUGAACAAUAGUGAAAAUAUAUGUAGGAUUUUUAUUAGUCUUUAUUGGAGUUGGAAACUGAAGGAUAAUUAUGUUAUGGAAAUUUUGCAAUGUUUUAUGCAUCGAUAUUGGUUCUUCUUCAUGGGUUGUCUCAGAAUGUGGAUUCCCGCUUGAACUUGCAGUAGCGUAAUGAUACCGUUAAGUUUAGCGACUUAAUUUUUUACUACCAUACAUUUAGUAAUUGGUAAUUAAUAUCAUGUUUGUAGGGAUAAGAAACUGAGAACAUUUGGAGGUAUUUAAACUUUUGAAGAUCGACCACGAGUGUCUGGUCUUCAAGUAAUCUUAAUUGACAUGUAUAUCAUUAUCUUCAUUACCAAUGUUGUUAUUAAUUUGUAAAUAUGUAAAUGUAUCUUAACGUGCCCAACGUUUAAAAAUAUACGUUUUACGAUACUAA